UUCAGUCUCGCUCUGAUUAGUUAAAGAACCACUCUUCCAUCAUCUCCCUUCCCCCGCCGCCUCCCAAGAUCAAACCUUUUUUUUCUGAACAAAACAACAUAAAUCUGUUGUUUUCCCUUUUCUAUUUUCUCAAUUCCCAAGAAACCCAUCUGAUCAAAACUCAAUUUCAUUCCCGAUAUGGCAUUGUCGUUCUGAUCAUCAUCAUCUUCACCACCACCGUCUUGUCCUCUCUGAUGCCGGCGCUAGCUGCAUUUCACUGUUAGGAAUUUCUUUAAGUUUUCAUCAAUCUCAAUUCUCACAAUUAUGGACAAUGUAACACCGGAAGUCGAUUUCGAGGAAAUCGAGAAGCUUCUUUGCGAAAUCCCCAAUGCUACUUCAGGAAUUCCAAAUUACGGAUUCGUGGCAUCAACUGAAAACUCGCAACCCCGUCCUUUAUCUCUGGAUGACAUUGAAAACCCUAUUGCUUCUUACAGAGCUCAUCAAAAUUUUCCCAUAAAGGAACUCCCAACUGAGCAGUCACUAGCAUCUGCAUUCGAAGAAUUGAACUUCAACGAGCUCAAAAAGUUCGAAGAAACACUAUCCUCCACACCUUCAAUUGACUAUAGAUCUUUCAAUCUCCAAUCUCAAAAGUAUUCAUCUGCUGGAUUUGAACAGAAAUUCAUUAAUGUUGGAGAACUUGAGAAACAGAAAAUGGCAGCAGCAGCAUAUACUCAUGGAGUUCAAGGUGGUUAUUUCUUGGACAACCGAUUCUGCCAGCCUCAGAACCAUCCUCACAUUACAUUGAGGAGACGUGUGAAUGGCGAAAACUGCUUCAUGACGACGAAUCAGCAGUUUCUGUUGAUGCAGCAGCAGUUUCGCAAUCAAAAGAUGGAAGCCAAUGAGAUGAUGUCGCCUCCUUUGGAUCAUAAUUACUGGAAAAGGCCAGUUUAUGGUAAUGUUGAUCACCACAGCCAAUUCGUCGUACCCUUUCAGUUCAUGGAUAGGAUGAGAUCACCAAAUCAUGAACAAAGCUUUAUAAGAACAGUCAAGUCUGGUUCAUUUGGGCAGAAUGAUCAACUUUCGGAAAAGAUAUAUCUAAUGGCGAGGGAUCAACAUGGAUGUCGUUCCUUACAGAAGAAGUUUACUGAAGGAACCAAGGAAGAGAUUGAAAUGAUAUCUUCUGAAGUUAUUAUUCAUAUUGUUGAGCUAAUGACUGAUCCAUUCGGAAAUUACCUUGUUCAAAAGCUGCUCGAAGUCUGUAAACACGAUCAACAGAUGCAGAUACUCCAUUCGAUCACUCGAAAACCUGGGGAUUUGAUUAGGAUUUCAUGCGACAUGCACGGAACUCGGGCUGUACAAAAGGUUAUUGAAACUCUAAGAACACGAGAACAGUUCUCUAUGGUUGUUUCCGCACUAAAGCCUGGUAUAGUGACUUUAAUGAAGAACACAAAUGGAAACCAUGUUGCACAAAGAUGCCUGCAGUAUUUAAGGCCUGAAUACAUUGAGUUCCUCUUCGAAGCUGCGACUGCCCACUGUAUUGAACUUGCAACCGAUCGCCAUGGCUGUUGCGUAUUACAGAAGUGCCUUGGCCUGUCAAGUGGUGUACAGAAAGCACAAUUGAUAUGUCAAAUCACUUCAAACACUCCACUUUUAUCUGAAGAUCAAUUCGGAAACUAUGUUGUCCAAUUCAUCUUGGAGAAUCAGAUAAUGUGGGCAAGUAGUUGUAUUCUUGAACAGCUUGAAGGAAGCCAUGGUUACUUGUCGAUGCAGAAGUAUAGCAGUAAUGUGGUUGAGAAAUGUCUGAAAUUUGGUGGAGAAGAACGACAAGCCAAUAUUAUCAAUGAGUUGAUCAAUAAUCCCCGUUUCGAUCAGAUUAUGCAAGAUCCUUAUGGCAAUUAUGUCAUUCAAGCAGGAUUAAGAAAUUCCAAGGGAGCAGCUAUUCAUGCAAAGUUGGUAGCAGCAAUCGAACCUUACAUUCCUAUGCUCAGGACAAGCCCAUAUGGGAAGAAGAUACUCUCAUGCAGCAGUUUCAAGAAAUAAC